AAAAAAAGUCUAUACUUGAAAAAAAAGAUCAAAAAAUAUCCAGUUUACUAACUUAUAUUACUAAUUAUUACUCUAUCUACUCUAUCUACUAUUAUUACUACUAUCAAGAUGUCACAAUCUGCUUCAAACCCAAUGAUAUUAUCUGGAGAUUCAAUGUUUGAAUCUGCCGAUUUAUUUGCUGCUCCUCACCCAAAUCAAGAUGUUGGGGAACAUCAAGCUGUUGAAGCUUUGCCUGCUCGUCAGUACUCUAAAGAUCAAGCGGUGAGUGAAUUGUCCUCUCACUUGCCUGCUGGUGAUGAUGCUCCUAAACAAGGCGCAACUUCUCCGUUCAAUAUCCAUUCCGAUGUGUUGGAUUCUGUGUUUUCAACUUCAUUGGAGGAUAGGGACCAAUUCCAGGAUCACACGCCUAUGUUUGAUGAAUUGGACUUUAUUAUUGAUGGGUCAAAAGUUAACUCAAAAGAUGACUGGGUUUCUCUUUUUGGUGAUCAUCAAAAUAAUGGUGAAGAUUUAUCUUCUACCAUUGUUAAAGAUGAAGAUUUGGAUGAAGUGCUUUUCAUGGAGCCUCCUCAAACCACCACCACCCAGAGUUCCCCAGAAUCUUUUGAUUCAACUCCUAUAAUGGAUGAUGUUUCUCAAUCUACUAAAGCUUCUUCUAUCAAAUCUAAUCGUAUUUCCAAACCUAAGAAGAAGGUUGACCACUUGGGUGUAACUGCUUUUGCUAAAAAACAAAAAGCCCAAGAUUUGGACCCAAUUGCAAUUGACUCUUCUGAUCCAGCUGCUUUAAAACGUGCUAAAAACACUGAAGCCGCCAGAAGAUCAAGAGCAAGAAAAAUGGAAAGAAUGUCUCAAUUAGAAAAGAAGGUUGAAGAUUUAUUAAAUGAUAAAACUAGCUUGGAAAAUGAAGUUAUUAGAUUGAGAGAAUUAUUAUCUAUGAACGGUGUUGACUAUUAAACUUUUGCUUUUUAUAUAUUUGUUUGUCCCUUCAGAAAUCCCAUCAAUUGUUUUAGAUCAAAAAUUAAAAAAAAAAAAAAAAAAACGUUUUCAGUUCUUGUUGUG